AUGCCAGUAUACAGCCAACGCGCGCAGGCCGCGCUCCUCAAAGCCAUAAAUCGCGUCUUCGACCUGGACCGGGCGGCCGAGUCUCUGGACGAGCUCGCCGAUGGCAUCAUCCUUGCCCAUAUUCUCCACGAACUCGACGCCGAGUUUGAUCCUACGCACCUCGAGUCGAAUCAGGGCACCUCGAGGUAUCUGACGAACAAGCGCAAUAUCCAAGCUGUUUACAAGGGCCUCUUUCGCUUCAUUCGCCGCCGAUACCCAGAACUUGGCUGCCAGGCCAAGAAGUUUGAUUACCAUGCGGUCGCGGAGAACCCUGAGCCACAAGGCAUCAGCCAGCUCCUGGCCGUCAUGGUAGCGGCCGCCGCAAUGGGCCCGGAGAAUGAGAAAUAUGUCCCAAGAAUACAGACCCGCCUGGACCAGGACAACCAGGCCGAAAUCAUGCAAAUCAUUCGUUCCAUGCAGCAGGACAUUGCCAACUUCAAGGAUGACGAUGAUCUAGACGAGGCUCUCGAUGCCGUCAUGGAGGCUCGCGAUAUCGAUCUUGUUGUCGAAGAGCAGAAUGCGGCUCUGCGGCAUCAGCUCGAUAGCACAAAGAAGACCCUCUCCGACUACAUCACCCGCCUCGAGUACCUACAGCAGAGCCACGAGGAGCUGAAAUACGACAAGGAAAAGAAUGAUCGCGAGCUCGACGUUCUGCGCAAGGCUACUCAGGAUGGAGCCAACAGUGCCGAAGCCAUCAAGCUUCUCGAGGCACAAGUCCACGAGCAAAUGGACAUUAUUGCCCGAAACGAGGAAGCAAUCAGAAACCACGACAGAGUCAAAGCCCAUUUGGAGAGCGACGUGCAACGGUUGAGCCAGAAGAGUAUGCAGGCCGACGAGCUGCGCGAUCAAGUUACCGAGUGGAGGCACAAGGCGGAGGAAUUCGAGAAGAAGGCCAACACCGCCGAACGGUACAAGCAGAAGCUCGAAGCCCAGCAAGGCCUCGCCAAGGAGGUGCAAAAUCUCCAGUACGAAAGAGCUGAGCUUCAAGAGCAGCUGCGAUCCCUCGUCCACGACAGGGAAAAAAGCGAGCGCACCAGAAAGGCCGAGGAUGAGCUCACAAAGAUGAUUACACAGUCUGAGCAACACUUGUGGGACGAGCGCAACCAAAAGAACCAGCUCAUCAAAGACAUGACUGCGAUUGAGGAGGAGCUGGUGCGGCUAAAGGCCCAGCGGGCUCACGACGAACGCUUCAUACAAGACCUGCAUGAGCAACUGCAGCAAGGCGGCGGCAGCGCUCCUCAGGGCGACGUGCUGGGGGCUUUGCCAACCUCAUCCACCCUCGAGGAUGAAUUAAACAACGCGGCAAGCGAGGACGGGCCACCGAACAUGCCUCUAGAGUUGUCCAGGUUGAAGGCCGAGAAUGAGCUCCUUCGACGGACUCUGGGCUCCAACGGAGAUACUGCACUGCUCCGGCGAGAAAUGGAAGAGCAGAGGCGCCAGAGAGACCGAACCCAGCAGAACUUCAACGACAUUUUUGAGAAACAUACCAUUAUGCAGGAGCAGCUGAGCGCCUUGAUGAACGAUGAGACCAGUGAGAGCUCCCAAGCCUUCAUCAAAAUGCGAAGACAGCUCGUGCAGGCGCAGUCUGGUCUUGAGGAGGCAGCCAAGCGCUCCACAGAUUUGCAGACCAAGGCCGCAGACAUGGACCGAGAGCUCAUCAGCGUCAAGGGACAACUUUCGGCUGCGAGAAAGGAUGGAAUCGAAGCUUUCAACGAGCUCAAGGGCACCGACAGCCUUGUUUCCGAGUCUCUCAAGGCUGAGCUCGAUCGACUACGAGAGGAUUGCAGUCUAGUCGUGGGCGAACGAGAUGCCCAAAAAUCGCAGUUGAUUGAAGCCCUCUUGGCCAAGGAAAAGUUCCGCAAGGAGAUUGAGGAAGGGAAGGAGCUUCAUGAUACGAGCGCAACCGAGCCUAUCGACGCGGAUGCCUCAGAGGCUGCCAAGAAGUCAGGCGAGAAGAUUGAGAAACUUCGCGCACGUCUCAAGGAACGAAAGCAGCAAUUGGAGCAAUCGGAGCAAGACAAGCUCGAUUUGCAGAGCAAGUUGCAGGCGGCACAAGAAGGAGAGAACUCAUCUGCACAGAAGGCUGCCACUGACCAGACCAUCAAGAAUCUGCAGAGAGAAAAUGCCCUCAUCACGUCAGCCUGGUAUGAUCUGACAAGCCGGCUUCAAAGCAACCACCUUGUGCUCCAGCGGCGGCACGACGCCCCCCGGAGCUGGCUGAACAAGCAGAGGCAGAUGGUCAAUGCCACCCCGAGGAGAUAG